CGCACACGCAGUUCAUACCGGGUUCAACAUUCGUACCUAGUUCAUACCACCACAUGCCGCCACCUUCUGCUCUGCCGUUGAACGUCAGCGCGUCCGGCGCGCCGUCCAAGUCGCCUGCCCCGGCGGCCACCACAGCCGCCGCAUCAUCCGCGAAGACGGCGACCUCGUCGGACAUCUCGAGUCCCCACGAGCUGACCGCGUUUGUGGAAUCGCUUCUGGAACAGCUCGAUGCCAAAUUCGAUGAUAUGUCUUCUCAGAUUCUCGACCGCAUGAUGCAGAUGUCCACCCGGGUGGACGCCCUAGAGGCCGCCAUUCAAGAUAUCAUAAACGGGGACACCGUACCGGCCCCGCCAAGCAUGCCCCAGUCGCCUGCGGUUGCACAGAGGCGAAGUGGCGGUGCUUAAUUGCCUGCAGUACAGCGCUCGCUGAGGGUAGCGACACCGCUUGCGAAUGUUCAUGUGCGCCAGAUGUGCGCUGUACGUGCUCUUCUUCGGCCCGGGAGCUUGUUCACUUAUGGGUAAAGCCCCCCAAUGAUCCAUCGUGGCUUGUGCUAUCAACCGCUCAAUGGUGUACUCUCAAUGCAGGCGGAUGUUGUGCUCAUGCACGUGUAUUGAUGGUCUUCCGCGUUCUCCGUUUUCCGUACCCUCGUUGCCCUUUGCGGGCGACGAUUCUAUUCAUCCCGCCGUGUGUGGGGCGUGCAUGCUGCUAUUCGAAAGC